AUGUCAGAUGUACCAAAUGAGCUAGUGGCAAAACCACAAGCAUUAAUAGGCCUAAGUGGUUUAGACAUAACAAAUUCUAUGCACCGGUCAAUAUGGGAUUCAUUUAAUAACAAUCGUCGUCCCGAUGGAUUAGCAAUACAAUUUAAAUUACUGCCACCGCAUCAUGAAUUUCCAACAGCAAAACCUAAAAGGAAUUCUUAUGAAUGGUACAUCCCAAAGGGAAUAUUAAAACGAAAUUGGAUGAACAAAUAUCUCAAUGAGGUGCCAUCAGUUGUUGUUUUUUUUUACGAUUUAGAUUGGAACGAUCCAAUGUGGAAUGAAAAAAAAAUGGAGUGUGCAUCUCGAGUUCAAUCAUUGCGUAGUUCUCUGGAAGGUCGUUCAACAAAAAUAGCUGUAGUUUUAAUUCAAAUUGCACCUUCACCGCCUCAAGGUACUGAAGACAUGACAGCUACUGAGCGUGCAACUGCGCUCUGUUCGGCAUGUGAGCUUCCAGCAAAAUCUUUAUAUAUUUUACCUCACGGAGACCACCUACUUGGUUAUACAUCAAGAUUAGAAAACGCUUUUUACGAAUUGUCAUUAGCUUUUUAUCAUCACCAUUAUCGUGUCGUAAAAGGACACCGUGAACAAUUGAAUAAAACAGCUCAUCAAUAUUUAUUUGUACGGCAUCAAUAUAAAAUGGGAUUUUUAAAUGAAAUGAAACAGGAAAAGCAUGUAGCAUUGAAACAUUAUCAACAUGCUUAUAAUAAUUUAUUAGAAAUACGUAUGGUUGAUGCGAAUACUUUUGAGAUAAAAACAGUCGCAAGUUUUAUUAAUUAUAAAUUAUGUAGACUUAUGUUUUCAUUAAAUCAACCACGUGAUGCUAUUUCUCAAUUCAGAGCUCACAUUGAUAGAUUUAGAUCUCGUACAGGUCCUGAAGACAUAAUCUUCGAGCAUCAUGCCUGGAUGGCCAGUCAAUAUUCAACAUUUGCCGAGUUAUUUGAUGAAGCUAUAAGACAAGGACUUCCUCCAGUACAAACACAACAUCCCGGUUAUUAUUUUCAACUUGCAGCUCAGCAUGCAAGUUUACGUCAAUCAGCGUGCAAGGAAUUGUGCAGCAACAUACUGGAGCAGCCGACACCCGAUCCACUUGUUGAUGAAGCAAAGCUUGAAUUUUAUGGCCAGAGACCUUGGAGGCCUGGUAAACAUGGCGCUGAACCUGCGGAUGCAGAACGUGAAGCAGCUGCAAUUGUAGCAUUGAAGUACCGAGAGAAAAAUUUUAAUCAUUCAUUGGUAAUUAUUGGGUUAUUAGGGAAUGCGAUAUCGCAAUUUAAAAUAUAUCGAUGUCCUCGAAUGCGUAGACUGCUUGUGGUGCAAAUGGCCGCUGAAUAUUAUAAUUCACGGGAUUAUGGUAAAGUUUUAACAUUGCUUAUGCAUAUGCUUUGGGAAUAUCGCACUGAACGUUGGCCUGUUCUACUUACUGAUUUAUUAAAAAAUGCCUUACGAGCUGCUUAUUUGUCGACAAGUAUUCAAGAUUAUAUUACAUUGGCAAUUGAAGCUUUAGGACCUUCUACAAUAUUUACUGAAGAAAAUAGAGCUGUUAUCUAUAAUAAUAUUAUUAAAAUUAUUUCUAGAAGCCCUCCUGAAUGUGAGUAUGAUAUUCCUAAAGAUGUUAAAAAAUUAGCUAUUGAUAAAUGGAAUUUGGAAUUAAAUCGGUUAGACAAUAAUAUAUACACUAUUGAUGACAAUAAUUUAUCCUCAUUUAUAAAUGUUAAAGCGUCAUUUUCAGCGUCAAGUUACGUAGUUGGUAAUCCUAUAAUUGUUGAUGUAUUUGUAAGAAAUUUGUAUGAAGGUAAAAUAGAAUUUUCUAAAAUUCUUAUUACUGUUGAAAGUUUUAACUCAGAGUUUGCUGUUAAAGUUACUGCUGAUUCUAGUCUAUGUUUCGAUGCCAAAGAAACUAAAAAAUACAUUUGUGAAUUUCCGGCAAGAAAAAAUUCUGACGACAGUGAAAUUCGAAUAAGUGCUGUAUCACUUUAUUUAGGAAAUGAAAAUAAUUUUUGUAUUGUUAUGAAAUUCCCGGCUACUGGAACUGAUACUGCUGCACUAGAUAGAUUUUAUCCGGAAAUUCAGCAGCUUCGCAGUGGAACUAGUUUUGAAACUAUACGACCUAUUACAACUGCUGAAAUAAAAUUAGAAGAAUCUAGCUUAAAUAUUUCAGUUGAUUCGUUGGUACCAGCACUGUUAAAUGAAUGGCUACCUGUUAAGUUAUUGCUGUCAUGUCACCAAAAUAUUACCAAUAUUCAAAUUAAUAUGAAACAAAUAAUUAUUGAUAAUUCAAGUGAUCGAACAACUGAGCUGUCACUUGACAUGUCUGAUAAACAAAAUUCAAUAGCGCUUAAAUUUGAACUACUGAAUAAUGAAAAUCCAAUCGAACAAAUAAUUUAUGUAAGAUCUCAUCAAGUGACCACACGAAAUUUUAUUAUUAAAAUUGAUUAUAUAACUGACGAUCAAAUUGAACGUAGUAAAGAAAUUACAUAUUCUUUGUCAAUUGUUAAACCAUUUGACGUAACAACGCAAUUUUAUACUCAAUUAUUUGAACCCCUGACGAAAGCUUUUGUAAAUGAACCAUUUAUUGUUAUGCCACACAUUAUCUGUACAUCGCCUUGGCCAAUACGUAUUUUAGAUACAUCUGUAGAACUUGGUAAUUCAGUAGCAAGAAAAGAUGAUGAGAAAGAUAGCAUUCUUAAGGAUAUGACUUUACAUGAUGGAGAAACUGCUACGGAUAUUUAUUGCUUAAUACCUAAAGCUGGAAGUGAACAACCAACAUCUACUGGAGUUUAUACAAUUAAAUGGCAACGUGAUAAUCAAGAUAUUGCUAUUGAAACAAGUAUCAGUGUAACAUUGUCACCAGUCUGGGUCGAAGAUGCUGUUGUUGGACUUGAAGCUAAAUUACCUGCACAGGGUUGGGUUCAGACACCUCUUUGUGUUUCUUAUUUUAUUAAAAAUCAUUCUGAUUACCUUUUUACACUACGACUAACUAUGGAGUCUAGUGAUGCAUUUAUGUUUGCUGGUCAAAAACAAAUUGAUAUUUGUGUCAGGCCGAAAAAUAAAAAAAAAAUCGAAUGGAUUUUAAGGCCAUUAGUUGCCGGAUUCGUUGCUUUACCAACUUUAUCACUAUCAGUGCCGAUGGAUGAUGAACAUAAAUUACUAAAUAAAAACAAGUUACUGGAACUUCUAGGACGUUCUUUACCUACUCAUAUUUAUAUAAUGGUAACAAAUUUUAUUAUUCACUACUAUGAUUGA